AUGCCCGUGAGGAAGGGGCGGGGCGAGCCGAACCCCGGCAGGUCUUGCGUACAGGGGAAGACGACGGCCAUGCUGUGUCGGCUGCGAGAGGUGCCCCGGCACUUGCUGGUCUGCGAAAAGUCCAACUUCGGCCACGACAAGUCGCGCCACCGGCACCUCGUGGAGACGCACUAUCACAACUACAGGGUUUCAUUUCUGAUUCCUGAAUGUGGGAUACUAUCAAAAGAACUGAAAGACCUGGUCAUGGACUCUGGGCCCUAUUACUUUGUGAAAGAUUUACCUCUUCAUGAGUUAAUCGCACACGAAUUCAUCAAUACUUUUGUCAAGAAAGGUGCGUGCUAUGCACUAACGUACAACACAAGUAUUGACGAGGAUAAUACUGUGGCCCUGCUACCAAACGGGAAAUUAAUUUUAUCACUGGAUAAAGACACUUAUGAAGAAACUGGACUUCAAGGUCGUCCAUCUCAGUAUUCUGGCAGGAAAACCAUGAAAUUUAUUGUUUCCAUUGAUUUGAUGGAUUUAUCCUCUAAACUGGACUCUAAGAAGUAUGAAAGAAUAUCUUGGGCUUUCAAAGAAAAGAAACCAUUGAAAUUUGAUUUUCUUUUGGCAUGGCAUCAAACAGGCGCGGAAGGAUCAGCGAUGAUGUCAUACUUUUCCAAUUACCGGAUUCAGGAGCAUCAGCCAAAAAUAGUGCUGAGCACGAUGACAGACCUGCAGUGCCCAGUGCUGUGGAGCGGCGAGCUCAGGGGCAGGCCGGAGGCGGCCUGCAGCGCCCAGGAGCUCUUCGAGUGGCUGGGCGCCGUCUUCAGUAACGCCGAGCUAAAUAAUGAGCCUGAUCAUUUCAUAUCAGCCUACUGCUGUCCUCAGCCAAGCACAGUGGUGGCGAAAGCUUACUUGUGUACAAUCACUGGUUUCAUCCUUCCAGAGAAGAUACGUCUCCUGUUGGAACAGCUGUGUCGCUACUUUGAUGAACCAAAGUUGGCCCCGUGGGUGACGUUGUCGGUUCAAGGCUUUGCAGACAGCCCUGUUUCCUGGAGAGAAAACGAACACGGUUUUCGAAAAGGAGGAGAACAUUUAUACAACUUUGUGGUUUUUAGUAAUCGGGACUACUGGCUUCAGUUGGCUGUUGGGGCAAACGAUGACUGCCCGCCAUGACAAGCACAGAGGUUGAAGUCAUGUUCGUUUAUGUUUAUGCCCGUUUUCCGUAUUUCUCGGCAGUAUAAGGACUGUGUGUUCACUCAGACUUGGGUGAUGAUGACAUUUCUCAGAUCAGCGUCUGUCAGCAUCGGCCCUGGGCUCGGGCCCAUCCUGUGACAGGCUUGCCGUCAGGUGGAAGCUCAUAGUUGAUUUCUCCCUGUCACUAUGAGCCCAGGGCGCGGGCUACUGCGUGGUAACUUGGGCCACGCAGGGACGGGGGGCUAUGGGACCACUGGGUAAGAUGUGUGCUGUGAUUGUGAGUUUUUCACAUCAUAAUAACAAGAAAUCCUUAACAUCAUACUUACCAGAGCCAGUUCCUGCUUUAGUGCUGCUCAGCUAGUACCUCAUUUAAUUCUCACAUCAGUCCCGUGAGGGAACAGGGUGUACGUAAGCUACUGAAGUCACCUGCUUGUGGAUUCAAGACUUGAUCUCAGGUCAGCUGGUUCCUGAGUGAGCGCUCACUCUCCUGCUUCUGGGUCAGGAGGGAUAUUUGGAUACUGUAUAUUCAUAAAGAACAAGUUGAAUUUUGCAGUAACCUAUAAGGGAAAAGAAUCUGAAAAACAUAUAUGUGUGUGGGGGGGGUAUGUAUAUGUAAAACCGAAUCACUGUGCUGUACACCUGAAACUGACAUGACAUCAUAAAUCAACUGUACUUCAAUUAAAAAAAAAAGUGACUUCCCUGGCGGUAUAGUGGUUAGGACUCGUGCUUCCACCGCAGUGGGUUCGAUCCCUGGUCGGGGAACUAAGAUCCCAAAUGCCACACAGCGUGGCCAAAAAAUAAAAGUUCAAAA